GUUGAUACUCUGGACGAGGCCAUCUUCUCACACAGCAAUGGCACCCACGCUUGCUACUGCCCAUCGCCGGCGCUGGUGGAUGGCAUUCACAGCCAUCAUUGAGAACCUGCUCUUCUCUGCCGUCCUGCUGGGCUGGGGGUCUCUCCUCAUCAUGCUGAAAGCAGAAGGGUUUUACUCCUACCUGUGCCAUGAGUCAGGAAACAGCACCAGCAGCCCUGAACAUGAGAACAGCACAGCUUCAGAGCACAAAUGGCCUUCCUGCAAUGCCCAGGAUGAAAUGCUGAACUUGGCCUUCACCAUUGGGUCCUUCCUGCUCAGUGCAAUCACGUUGCCCCUGGGGAUUGUCAUGGACAAGUACGGCCCUCGCAAGCUGCGGCUGCUUGGAAGUGCCUGCUUUGCUGUGUCCUGUGUGCUGAUUGCCUACGGUGCCAGUAACCCGGACUCUCUGUCUGUGCUGAUAUUCAUUGCGCUGGCUCUGAAUGGCUUUGGUGGGAUGUGCAUGACCUUCACAUCGCUUACGCUGCCCAACAUGUUUGGUGACCUUCGUUCCACGUUCAUUGCGCUGAUGAUUGGCUCCUAUGCUUCCUCUGCUGUGACUUUUCCAGGAAUCAAGGUUAUAUAUGACUUUGGGGUCUCCUUCAUCCUUAUUCUGCUUGUCUGGGCAAGCUGUGCAGGACUAGUUUUCCUCAACUGCUUCUUCAAUUGGCCACUGGAGCCUUUCCCAGGACCAGAAGACAUGGACUAUUCGGUGAAAAUAAAGUUCAGCUGGCUGGGAUUUGACCACAAAAUCACUGGGAAGCAGUUUUACAAGCAAGUAACGACUGUGGGGCGCCGUCUCAGUGUGGGGAGCUCCAUGAAGGGCCCCAAGGAGCCAACAGCCUUGCAAGAGAACAACAAGCUCUGUCUGUCUACGGUGGACCUAGAAGUGAAGUGCCAACCUGACAAUGCAGCUUCUCCCUCCUUCAUGAAGAGUGUCUUCAGUCCUAUCUUGCUGCUCAGCCUUAUCACCAUGUGUGUCACUCAGCUGCGGCUCAUCUUCUACAUGGGGGCCAUGAAUACCAUCCUUGAGUUUCUGUCUGGAGAUGAAGAUCAAGUGGCUCUCUACACUUCCAUUUUUGGGGUAUUGCAACUGUUGUGUUUGCUGACAGCGCCUGUGAUCGGGUACAUCAUGGAUUGGCGACUGAAAGAAUGCGAUGAUGGCUUAGAGAACGAGGAGAACAACGCUGAGCAAAGUGACAAGAAAAAGAAAAAACGUGAUCGUCAGAUCCAGAAAGUCACCAAUGCCACCAAUGCCUUUGUAUUCACAAAUGUGCUGCUGGUUGGAUUUGGAAUCACUUGCCUUAUUCCUAAUCUACCGUUGCAGAUUCUUUCCUUCAUUUUGCACACAAUUGUGAGAGGAUUCAUCCACUCAGCUGUGGGAGGCCUCUAUGCAGCUGUAUACCCCUCUACUCAGUUUGGCAGCUUGACAGGGUUGCAGUCGUUGAUCAGUGCCCUUUUUGCCCUUCUGCAGCAGCCUCUUUUUAUGGCAUUGACAGGACCUUUGGAAGGAGACCCUCUUUGGGUGAAUGUUGGCUUGCUUGGUGUGAGCUUGCUGGGUUUCUGCCUUCCAAUCUACCUGGUCUGCUAUAGACGGAGGCUAGAGAGAGAAAAAAACCAGAAGAUGGAUGAUGCCAAACUCUUCCUCAAAAUCAACGGCACUCCCAAUGAGGAAGCCUUUGUUUAAACUGGUGCUUGAAAUACAACCUCCCCUGUACAGGUUCCUACCACAUCCGUGGGUUCUACCUGUGGUGUAAGCCAGGUUUUUUCUCUCCUGGCUCUGCCAGUCUUUGCUCAUCAUUGGAGUGGGGGCCCAACAUCAUGACUGAGCUUUCCUCAGAUAUACGGCAGGAGACUUCCCACUCCUUACUCCAGGACACGGGAUGCUUUUCCUUUUUAUAAAGGUCAUGCAGAUAUUGUGUUGUAAAUUAUCCCCUGAUCACACUCUCCAGCAGCAGAAUAUCUGCAUAGGAACUUGGGGAGAGAAGGAAUAGAGGGAUGGGGGAAGAGGGAAGAAAGACUGUAAUUUCAGUUUGCAAAUGUAACACACUGAAGUUUGUUUCCUCACCCUCUUCCCCCAACCUUGGCUGAUGUUCUCAGAUGCAAGCUGCACUCCCCUCUCCCUGAGGCUUUAUAAUGGUCUUUAUGCUUGAAAUGUAGCUGGACCCAAUGGUUUUACUGUCUAUCCAGACAUACCCCAGACUGUUCCUGAGGCAGGGAAGGGGCUUUUAUUCCUAUAUGUGUGAACACAGCUUCAGUGUCUUGCUAAAUGUUGGCUGCUAGCACUGACAGCUCCCAAACCUUUUAUUACUGCAAAUGACACGGACUGUGAGAAUGGAUCUGCCUUUCACACUGAAAUGAAGAGCCUAGUGGAUUGCUUGGUCCUAGACCAAGCCUUCAAAGACCUGGAAGUCCUCCUCUUCCCAGCCCACAAACCACCUGUAUGUGUUUUAAACUGUCUGCAGUCCUGGAACCUUUGAGAUAGGAAUUGGAUCUUGUUUACCAAUGAAGUGCUUUGAGACUUGUUGCCUUCUGCCUCCUCUUCCCUCCGACAUGACCCUGGGAAGGGAGCAGCAGCACGUAUUUAGUGGAGUAGAGAAGCUCCUUGAAGCAGCGUCCUGGGGCUCCAAAUACCUUGGUGUUCACAUGCCGUGAGCUGACUUGCUGUUGAAAAGGAUCAAGAGUGCAGAAUGCUCCUUUGUGUCUGGUAACUGGUUCCUGUGGACACAUGGUAGGGUGAUGUGGUGAUGUAAUUCUUCCUUUAGCCAUAGCUUAUUUACAUUGUUCUGAUAGUAGCCCCCAAGCUGCUGAACACCAGGUUACUGUGACUGACCAAAAAGCUGCCGGUUUGGCUGUAUUAAGAGCCUUCUACGAUGUUGAUGCUCUGUCUGGACAGAGUACGUGGUGAUUGAUUGUAUGGUGAAGCUGACUUAGAGCAAUAUAUGUGGGUAAAGGUGGCCCAGGCCUGUUCACCAUGGAGGGAAUACAAAGGGAAUUCUUAUCUUGCUUGUUUUUAUAGAGGUUUUCUUAAGUAUUGUCUAAAGUUGACUUUUCUGCCCUUAACCUUCUUGUUGAGGUUGGAAGCUCAGCCUCUGUAGCCUUGUGACUCGUGUU